AUGGCUAAAAAAAACAAUGUGGUGUUACUGUCCUUUCCACCACAUUGUUCUCAUAAGCUUCAGCCCUUGGAUGUAGGGGUCUAUGGACCAUUUAAAAAUUACUAUGCCAGCCAACAAGAUGCUUGGCUUAGAAACCAUCCGGGUAAAACAAUGACUAUCCACGAUAUUCCGUCUAUAGUGAAUAAAGCUUUACCCUUGGCAUUGAAACCAACUAAUAUCAUCAACGGAUUUCAAAAGACUGGUAUUGCACCAUUUAAUAAAGAUAUUUUUUCGGAUGAUGACUUCUUGUCUGCUUUUGUUACUGACAGAGCACUAGACGGCACGGCUAGCUCAAAUAUUGAAAAUACCCCAGUUACAACAGAGAACACUCCAAUUCAUUUCGCUAAGACUCAAUCUCCGCCGACUCAAACUGCCUCCUUGAAUGACACUACAUCUCCUAUUUUGGAAUUUACCGAAGAUAAUAUUGAAGUGGGUGCCGUAGAAGAAUGUGAGAGCUCUGUUUGUGCUAACCCAGUUGCAGGUUCUAGCAGAGAUUUGAUCCACGAUGAAUCUACCUUUGCUCCUGAGAUCAUUCGACCUUAUCCAAAAGCUGCUGCUAGAACAAAGAAGAUAACACGAAAAACUCGAAAAUCAGCUAUAUUAACUGACACGCCGGAGAAGGAAGCAUUGGCAGUGGAACAAAGCAAGAAAAAGGAAAAUACAUCCAAAAAAAUUAAAGUGACUAAGAAGAGAAAGGCUGAAAAUACAAAUAAGAGAGAAGAAUCAGCUAAGAAGAAAAGAAAGAUUAGUGUGAAGAGGAAGGUAUUGCAAAAAUCUGACGAAGAUAGCGUAGAGGAUGAUCAUUUUUGCCUCAUAUGUUGUGAAUCAUUUGAUCAGAGUCGAGCUGGUGAAAAAUGGGUGCAAU